AUGGCGCAUCGUUCCCCGGGCGGCGUGACAUGGCAGCUAGCGGAGCACAGCAAGCGGCGGUGGGAGGAGAUGGCGGGCGGGCUGGAGGCGGACCACCGCCGCCUCACAGGCAGCACCCAGGGGCUGGGACGCAUCAACACAGGCAGCAUGUUGGUGCCAUCACAGCCGUCCCACACAGCCCCACUGGAGCAGCACCAGCGAGCGCUGCAGCAGGCAGGGCUGUCCGCGCACCUGCUGUCUGCCGCCGCCCUGAGGGACGUGGAGCCGGCGCUGCAGCUGCCGGCUGGGUGCUCGUCCGCGCUGCUACUGCCCUCUGACUGGCAGCUCGAUGCUCGCCUCGCCAUGCACGCCCUGCUCGCUCGCUGUCGCCAGCAUGCCUCGUCGGGUCGCUACGUGGAGCUGUUUGAGGAGAGCGCCACUAAAUUCCUCCGGGCGGCAGGAGGCGGCAGGGUGGUGGGAGUGGCGACGGGGCAGCGGAGGGUGGUGGCAGCGCAGGCGAUGGUGGUGGCCACGGGCACGUGGUCCUCGGGGUUCAUCGCCCACGCCCUGCUCCACACCGCCCCUCCGUCCGCCACCACCGAGCAAGCCUCUCAGCCUGAUGAUAGUCUGAAGGAGGGCACUUCGGGUAGUCCGGGUAGCAGCGCAGCAAGCAGCACGGGUGGCGGCAGGGAGCAGGAUCUGGUGGUGCCUCAUGUGCGCCCUCGCAAGGGCUUCCUGUUGCAGCUCAAGGACGUGCCCCCCGCGCUCUCCCUGCGCCAUGCCCUCAUGGAGUUUGACUACACCGCCAACUACGCCGCCCCAUCCGGCCCCCCUGCCUCGCCUGCCCCCCCACGGCCCUCUCCCAGCCCCACCACCACAGCCACCAUGCAGCCGUCCUCCUCAUCGCCGUGCCCGCCCGCUGCCAUCUCCAUGACUGCCACGUGCGACCACCUCGGCCACCUGCUCAUCGGCAGCAGCAGGGAGCUGGCGGGCUUCAGUGUGGAGCCCCACGUGCCCACCAUCACUGCCAUUCUGCGCCGCACUGCCCUCUUCCUGCCCUCCCUCGCACACCUGCUGCUGCCAUGCCACAGGGCGGCGGGUGAGCAGCACAUGGGGCAGGUGGUGCAGCAAGCAGAGGGCGAGGCAAUAGGUGCUCGGGUGAACGUGGUUCGCACGGGGCUGCGCCCAUACGCACCGGAUGGGAGGCCUCUCAUUGGUCCUGUGGACUCGCUUCCAGGCGUUCUCUUCGCAUUGGGCCAUGAGGGGUCGGGCCUGCUCAUGGCCCCAGGCACAGCUGACAUGAUAAUGGCAUAUCUGGGCCGAGGUACCAUGCCUGUGGACGCCCAUCCCUUCCUCCCUCAGGGGCGUCUCCUCACACUGCAGCAGUUGCAGCACAUGCAUCCUUGA